CUAGUCCUUCGGUUCCAUUAUGCAAUUUGUUAACAUAUUUCAUUAGUAUUAGGGAUAAGGUGUUCAUAUACAAAAAAAAAUAAUUAACUAUUAUAUUUUUCACAAUGUUACGAUCUGUGACAAGUCGACGUGCUGUCAAUAUAUUACAGGUAUGAGGACCUUAUAAUUACAAAAGUGUUAUUCCCUGUCGGCUGGUAUUAUUAUUUGCUAGCGGUCCGGUAGUCGGUGUAGUCUAGUAGUAGUAGCGAGUGAGGGGGGGUGGGGGGUGUAGUAAGCCGCUUUUAUCGGUUGGGAAUUGAAUAAAGCUGAGCGUUAAUUCAAGGUGACUGUGUAGUAAUAAUACAAUCAUAAUAAAUUAAGUAACAAUUAAAACAAAUUAUAGAUACAAUAGUUAACAAUACAAUUUUAUUUUUGCACAUGGCCAUGGCAAUUAAUAUGAAUGAAACUUUGGCUAAUUGAAAGGAGGAAUGCCUCGGCGUCUUUUGGGUGUUUAUUAUAGUUGCAGUGAAUUAGGGUUUAAGUUAGGUUGAGGGAUCGAUUUAGAGGUUAGGUAUAGGGAUCGAUUUAUGGUUUAGGUUAGGCAUAGGGAUCGAUUUAGGGUUCAGGUUAGGCAUAGGGAUCGAUUUAGGGAUACAUUCGGAUUCGUGAAAUUGGAUAAAAUAAAUUUACAGAAACUUUUAGAAUAAUACUAUGAUUAUGAUGAUUAUCAGUAUCAGAUCACAAAGUUCACUCAAUACACACAACAAUAAUCGUCAGUCAUACAUAGUGUCACAAUAGUAUUGAUGGAGGCGGAAAUGUAUUCAUCAUACUUAAGUGACUGUGAAUGGUUGCCAUUAACUAGGUACUUUGGUAACAAAAUUAAAACUUUUUGUAAAAAUAGACCUAUGGCAUAGUUAAACAGAGCUAAUUUUUUAAAGAAUUAUAUCACCAAAAUCAUAUUUUUAGCUAUUUUAGUUUUAAAGUUAUGAAUUUUUAAAGUACGACUUAAUUUGUCCUUUUUUAACAUUGACGCAUCUCCAUUUUCUGGGACACAAUUCCGCUGUUUGCGUCACGAGCUAUAUAACUCUUGUUUCAAUGAUAAUUUUAUUUUCAGAACUAAUGCUGUAUUAAAAAAUAAUUUUAAUAAUGUUAACAAUUAGAUAAAUUGUAGCUUAUCUAACUAUGCGCUAUUUAUAUCAUUAAAUUUAAUAUAAUGUAUUAACACAUGGCUUUUCUGUUUACCAAAUCUACGACGUCCACGAUACUGAUACAUGGUCUAUAUAAGGGAACUCAUGCCCUAAUUACUAAAAUACUGUUUAGGAACUAUUGAACUUUCAACUUUGGUACAUGACUAAUUAACCCUUUACAGGGCAGAGGUACUUCCUCUUGCAUGUCCUGAACGGGCACCAUUUUUCCGUUUUUUAGAAAGAUUUAGGGUUGCGUUUCAAAAAACAAAUUUGUGUGAAAUAAAAAGCAAAAUAAAGGAAAAUGAAUGCAGAUUUAUUAUUGUACUCACAUGUUGCCAUUAAUCCUCAUAUGAACACAAAUAUUUGCAAAAAACAACAUUGUUUGUGAUUGUGAGUCACCUAUUCACUAUUGACAAACACUGCCACAAAAUCGAAGUUUGUAAAAUUCAACAUUGCUUACUACGCUGAUUUCACUAAUAUUACUAAUAAUAUUAAUAUCUAGUUCCUAUUUACAGUCAAUUCGUGCACUUUAAUGUCACUUAAAUUGAAUCCAGCGAAAUCUCCACUGAAUUUUGACGGGUAGAGGUCAAAAACGCAUUAAUACUACUUAAAAUUUAUCAGACAUCAAUUGCAUUUUGUUAAUCCUAUUGACUUUGUGUACUGAUACCGUUUUUUAGUCAUUGCUAAAAGGGAAAAAAAUAACUUUAUUUAUUAAUUAAAAAACCCUUUAAAUUUUAUCAUUGGUUAGUCUAACUUUACAAUGCUAAAAUACAUUAGCCAACGAAUUUGUUUUUUUCUUUUAGUUGAAGAAUUAAUUAUUUUUUAAAAUAAAAACGAAUGUUGUUAUUUUUUUAAAAAUAUUUCAGAGCACAUUAAAAUAUGCUGAACAGAGUAUUCGACACAGAUCACGGCUUCCAGUAAACACAGUGAUACUGUUUGUACCCCAACAAGAAGCUUGGGUUGUUGAGAGAUUUGGAAAGUUCAGUCAAAUAUUAGAACCGGUACAGUAAUACGAAUUUAUAAGUUUAUUAAAUGGUACACAGUUUCUUUAAGUUAAAAUUCCAAAAGUAUCAUUAUACUUGUAAAUUCCUAUUAAUAAAAGGCUGCGGCUAUUCGGACCCGGGUCCAAGACGUGAGUGAUGGGUAAAUAAAAAAAUAUUUUAAAAUUAUUGUAGGGUUUGUAAGACAAAAUGGACCCGGACAUGCAGCGCCGCUGUUUGGACCUGGGUCCCUUUAGACUCAAUGCUAUUCGGAUGUCAUUUAUGGUAGUUUAUUUUAGUUAAACUGAAGAAGUAAGUUUACAAACAUAUAGUCCAUUCUACUAUCUUUCAUUUGAUACCAAAUUUUGUCUUACAACCUAACAAUAAUAUUUUUUUUUUAAAUUUUAAUCCCAACCUCUCACUUCUCAGACCCGUGUAUGAAUAGCCACUUUGUUAAUAUAAUGUGGCUUAUAACAAGUUAUCAAAUUAAGAGCAAAAUCAUCAUUAAAAAGCGAAAUUGAUUUAAUGUAUAUUGUUUAAGGGGAAAUCACUCUAUAUAAAUGACUUUGCUUCCUAUUUCCGUUACUAUCAGGGAUUUUUUGUGUGAUUAAUUGGGUGUGAAAUUUUCUCAACUUUUUUCACCGCCAUAAUAUCUGAUGCGGGAGAGGGCCCCCUUUUGGAUUUCAAAAUUAACACAGAAUUUCUUUAUUGGAAUUAUUUAAAAUAUAUUAGAAUGAAAGCAAAGAUAUCAGAGGUAUUCCGUGUGCUAGUAAUGAUAAGCUGUGAUGUCUGACUGUAUACCGAACAUUGUCCUGAAGACACUGGCUGACAACAUUCCCCAACCAUGACCCACAUUUUUCAAAAGUCGCUUGACUCCAGCAAACUCCUGCUAGACUGCUUUGAUGCAAAUAUCACUAGUGCCUACAAGAAAGGUGACCAUCAUAACCCAGCAAACUACCGCCCAAUAUCCCUAACCUCCAUUCCAUGCAAAAUGCUAGAACACAUCAACUAUCGCCACAUCAUGAACCACCCUGAACACUACAACAUUUUGACCAACCUAAAUCGCGGUUUCCACUCUGGAUUCUCAACAGAAACUCAUUUAAUCAUCACCACCAAUGACCUCCUUAUCUCCUAUGACAAAGGUACCCAGGUCGACAUGGCAAUUCUCGACUUCUCCAAGGCCUUCGACACUGUUCCACUUAGCCUUCUUCUACAUAAGCUCCACCACUACGGUAUUGCCGGCAACCUUCACUCCUGGCUCUCAACAUUCCUAACACAACGUACCAUGCAAGUAGUGGUAGACGGCGUCCGAUCAGGGAAAGUGCACAAGGCACAGUUCUGGGCCCCCUUCUCUUCCUCUAUCACAUAAACGACGUCCCCAAUAUUCUAAAACUCAAGUUAGGCUGUUUGCAGAUGACUGUCUUGUCUACAGAGAGAUAAACGGCUACAAUGACCAUAACCACCUCCAAACAGAUUUGAAGUGCCUUAUGAAUUGGGCGGACAAAUGGGGCAUGAAAUUUAAUGAAACCAAAUGCUACACAAUGAGCAUCUCAAGGAAAAACCCAUCUACUUAUAUGUACUCACUAAACGAGACAAUUCUCCAACAAGUAUCAAAUAAUCCAUACCUUGGAAUUCUCUUCUCAAAUAACCUAAAAUGGUCACCCCAUAUAAACAAAGUUUCAAGAAAAGACAACUCCACCCUAGGUUUCAUUUGAAGAAAUCUGCGCCACUGCCCAACUUCCUGCAAACAAAAUGCCUAUCUCGCACUCGUCCGUCCACUACUAGAAUAUGGUGGGAUCAUCUGGGACCCACAUCUUAAGCAAGACGUGGACAAGAUGGAGUGAAUUCAACGCAAUGCUGAACGCAUGAGACUACAAAUCCAGCACUUCUGGCUUCGUCACUGGCCUCUUAAAAAGAUUUGACAUCCCCUCACUUAAAGUCUUAAAGACAGACGAGAGGAACUCUGCCUGAAAUUCUUAUAUAAAGUGGUCAUGGGACUGGUCCCGGCCAUCCCAGCAGGCACAUACCUCACCCAACAGACGCCGGGUCGAUUGAUCAGAGCUAAACGCUCACUGAACACUGACUUCACUACUGACAACCCCACAAACAAUUACACCCCAAAUAAUAGCAAAUGCUUCACUGUGCCUCGGUGCAAUACAGUGCAGUAUAAACAAUCUUUCUUCCCACGCACAAAAAUAGCUUGGAACCACCUGGACAAUGCUGCUGUGAACUCGACAUCAGUCGAAAGCUUCAAGACUGACUUGGCAUCUGCUAGCAACACCAUUCCCCCAACCGUUGCACAGAUGCCAGUAUAUGGAUGGAGUAACAAACACUACAAGAACCAGAAAUAAGAGAGAGAUAUUGACAAUUUUAUCCCUAAGCCUAGUUGUAUUGUUACAAAUGAAUGAAAUAGUGAAACGAGGUAUGUGGAAGCUUGAAAUAAGGUAACAGGACAAAAAACAAGGACGUUUCGGCAUAAAGCCUUCCUCAGCCAACAAUAGAAAUGAAAAUAUAACAAAGAAAAGAACACAGUAGAAAACUCAAGCAGUAUUCAUUCGUCUCUCCGGAAGUGGGAAAACAGGAAGCGAGAGAAUAUAAAUAUUGACACUGUGAAAAAUAAAGUCCACAAUAAUAAUGGACCAGAAUAUCCAGGGAUACAUCAACAAACAGCAAUAAGAAAAUAGAUGAAAUAUAGGGAAACGGAGAAACAUCAGUAGGAUAUUAUUUGAUUAAUACCAUAUGGAGAUAUGGUGCCAAACAGCUGAAUAAAUUUAUUUUCCAUUUUAACCCUAUCUGGUGUGUUACUGCAUGAAAUCAAUGCCGUAAUGGUUACAUCCAAAGCACCUUUAUGUUCUUUUUGGUUGAAAUGAGAAGAGACCGGGGAAGGUUUACAUUGCUCAAUAUCCCUUAGAUGUUCAGUAAACCUAUCAGCCAAUCUUCUCCCAGUUUCCCCUAUGUAACUUGAUUGGCAUCUACGGCAAACAAUCGCAUAUAUUACAUUUCUGCUGACACAGGUGAAACCCUCUUUAAUGGUAAAGGUACCUUUAGGGAGGCCAAUGCUUUCAGUUUGGAGUGUAAAGGGACAAGUUCUGCAUUGGGACAAGUUUGUAUUGUUACAGACUAAUUCGUUUGGGAAAGGGUGAAAAUCGAACAGAAAAAGACACAGACUUAAGAUCAAAGGUCUAGCCCAAAGAUAUUUAUGUUUAUAUUAUAUAUGUUCAUCAGGGGUGUGUUUGUAUAUGUUUAUCAGGAGGGUUAAUUAAUUUAAACAAAUGGAUUUAAUAACUUCAAAUGAAAAGGAAUUUUUGAACUCAUUUUUGGCUUUCCUCCUUGUAUUUUAUAUGACAUAAAUUUAAAGGUAGUGAAUGAAAAAACUAACCAAUAUCACAAUUUUCAAUAAAAGUACCUAUAACUUUACAUUUUCUAAAAUAAUAUUGCUUCUAGUAUAUAAAAGUUGAUUUUAUGAUAGUUUAAACAAUUUAUGGUGCAUUUAUUUAGGGUGGUUUGAAUUCAGAAGUUGAGUAGUAAAAUUUUACUCACCCUGUAAAGGUCAAGAUCAAUGUCAACAUACAUUAAAAAAAAAUUAUUUUCAUACCAUAAGAUACCUUGUCCAAUGUACUUUCAGAAAAGGUAGCUUGUAAGGGUCUCUGAAUUCAUUUAGUCUGCGAUUUUUGUCAAUUUUACAAGCAUAUGAAAUUGCUAAAAAUUGCUUGAUGCUAAAGAAAUUUGUUCUUGAUAGUUAUAGGGUUAAAAAUAAUUGAGAGUUAAGUUUAGAGUUAAUGAGCUCUUGUAAUUCCAGAAAAUCAUUGCUACAAAUAUGAAUUCUAUCUACUCAAAAUGAUAAAUUAUAACAAUAUAACAUGCAUAUCAAAUUGAAUUUACAGUUUUUUAGUUGCAUUCUUUGAUAUAUUGUUUAUUUAAGAAAUGGUACAUUUCAGGGUCUUAACGUGAUUUUGCCGAUUGUUGAUACCAUUAAAUAUGUACAGAGUUUAAAAGAAAUUGCAAUAGAUGUGCCUCAUCAGGCUGCAAUUACUUUAGGUAAGAUUGUUAUUUAAAUGAAGCGAUGUAAUAUUUUUUCAAUUAGGCUUUAAAACUCUCACAAACAAUUUUAAUUGUCCUGAGACUUAACUGUUUCCUUCUGAUUUGUAUCAAAAUGUUUAUAAAUUAAUUACUUUGUGUUUUAGUCUUAUGUUAUUUUUUAAGUAAAAUUUUGACAUCAGGCUUAGGUCAUCAGUAAUAAGGUUAGUGUCACAGGUGCCAAAGUUUCACUCUGUUACCCAGAUUAUUACAGUUCAAAAAGCUUGACAUUUAAUUAAAGCUCUUCAUUGAAGAUUUCACUUUUUUUUAAAAAUAUCUUUUUCAGACAAUGUUACCUUAACAAUGGAUGCUGUAUUAUAUUUAAAAGUUGUUGAUGCUUACAAAGUGAGUAUUGACCUUCUUAAAUUUUUUUUUAUUUAGGGUAUAUGAAAUUGUUACCCAAACGUCUUGUAAGAAAUUUUAUAAAGUCAUGUUACUCUCAGGUGUUCUUUAAGUUUUUUUAACCUACAGUACAUAUAGAGAGUAAUGAGGAGAAACGAGUUUCAUCUUGUUUAGAAUCUAACCCGUCUUGUGUUUUAUUGUUUUAAUUUUGAAUGAACUAUAUAUUAUUCCAUAAUCCUUUUUCAUUUUUGCAAUAUAUUUUUUUUUUAAUUUGAUUUUUCUGUAUUUAAUUUUGAUGAUAGGCCUCUUAUGGUGUUGAAGAUCCAGAAUAUGCUAUUACACAACUUGCUCAAACAACAAUGAGGUCAGAAAUAGGAAAAAUUUCAUUAGAUAAAGUUUUCAGAGAAAGAGAAUCCCUCAAUAUUGCUAUUGUAGGUGAGUGCUGGUUGGUGCAGUUAAAUUAUGUUGCACAAUAUAAAAAAUUAUAAUUUUUUGAGAACUUGCUAAUGUUAUAUGUGGUAGUGAUAAUGUCAGUCACCAAUAGGUAAUACAUUGUUUAAAAAUAAAUUUUAUGAUAUUGGCUCUAGCUUUUCUUAACCCAUGAACGUUCAUAUGCAAAUGUGCUGUAGUGUCAGCUCUUUUUUUAUAGUAAUUUUUAUAUGUAUCAAUAAAAUACCCCAAAGUAAUAGAACAUGUAUCCAGUGACGCAUAUAAUAAGUAUAGAUAUUUUGAGAGCAUAUUAGACAAGGAAUCGUUACGACCUUGUUCUUUCAACAGUGAGUACAAUUGUGUUACUGUUUAUGUUAUGCUUACCCAACUAUCACCCACCCCCUUUUGUUUUGAUAUUGACAUCACCAAUUUAAUGUGUAGUGAUCUACCAAUACACAUCCCUCCCUUGAUGUAGAAAAAGGUUGUUUACAUUCAAAUAUGUUCUAAAUGGAUUAGAGAAUGCCCUAUAAAAAUUGAUAUUAGUGCUACUAGCUCCACUAUCGUAAGUCACUACCAUAAUCAUGAGUGGGCCAACAUAACUAUCUUCAAAAUCACAUUCAUAUAUUUUUAUGUGAAAAAGUAUAUUGCAAAAGAAUAUACUUAAUGUACAGUAUUGUUAUUAGAGUUUGCUAAUCUAAUUUUUCUUUCUUACAUGUAAGGACUUGGUAAAUGAAUAGGUACCAUAGUGGCACAAAAUUAUUUUUAAAUAAGGAAAUAAUUCAAAUAGAUUAGGCUUUUGUUUUGCAAGGCCAACAUAUAAGCUCUACAAGUUAGUUUUAAUUUUUUUUUUAAACAGAAUUUUUUUUUUUUCAAUUCAAAAUUCAUUUUGAAAAAUUAAUUCAUGAAAUAUUGAUAAUAUUAAUUUUGGUAGAGGGUGAUUAUAUGGGGCUUAACAUCCACUGAAGCAGCCAUAACUGCCAUUCAUGAUAGUUCAUGGGUUAAAUUUAAUUAAUUAUAUAUGAUCUCUUACCUUGAUGUGACACUUAAUAAUUUAAUAUUACACAUCAAAGUCAGAGAUUCAAUAUGCAGUAUUUAAUUUGUGUUGCACAAAAUAUUCAAUAUUUAACAGAUUUUUUUCAAUGUAUAAUUUUGACCUUUAAUUUUCUGAUAUAAACCAAAUCAUUUUUUGUUUUAAAUAUUUAAGAUGCAAUAAAUCAUGCUUCCAAUGCCUGGGGAAUCAAAUGCAUGAGAUAUGAGAUUCGUAAGUAUCCAUUUUUCAUUUGCAUUAUUUGUUUAAGAUAGAAGAGGAAUGUUUAUUCGUAUAGAAAUGUAUGCCUAUACAUUAGCUUAUCCAUAUUAAUCUUAAAAGACUGAUGUCACAUUUUAUAUCAUCUAUGACAAUAGAGAAGUAAGGUGAUAAUUGUUUGUAAAAUACCAUAAGAAUUUUGUUUUUUUUCUUCUCAUUUCUUAAUAUUCAGGGGACAUGAAAUUGCCAGCUAAAGUACAAGAGGCUAUGCAGACUCAAGUAGAGGCAGAAAGAAAGAAACGAGCAGCUAUUCUAGAAUCUGAAGGUAUAUUCUGACUUUUUGGAGUUAGCUUUUUAAAAUUUUUUUGCUAGUUUAACCAGACCCCUAAAAUUCAAGUCAUUAAGAUUUCUUUUCUGACCUUUGGUUGCGGAUGGAUUUUUUAAAGAGAUAAAAGCAUUUUUGAUGGCCCAUAGCAGAGUUGUUCGGUUUCUCAUGUAACUAUUUUAACAUUGGCACUAUAUAUUAUGUUUAGGUAUCAGGGAAGCAGAUAUCAAUGUAGCAGAAGGCAAGAAGAGGUCUAGAAUUUUAAAUUCUGAAGCUCACAGAGCUGAGCAAAUUAAUCAGGCUCAAGGUCAGUUGAAUAAAUACUAACUCUCUUAACUUAAAUACUCCUGUCAGUUUUGCAAUAAAUCUUUGUGUGUUGCCUCUCUUACCUCAAAUUAGUUUCAGAUAUUUGUAAAGUUUACUCGAUAAGUAUUAAUACAGAGCUCAAUAAUUCAUAGUUGAUAUUGAGAUUUGUGAAAAAUAAGAAUAACAGAUAUAUUUUUAUUUCUCUCAAAUUUCUUAUAUCUUUAAACCAAUAAUCUUGGGACAACAUUUUUGUCAUUACUUUAUCAAAAAUAAAACAUUUUCCUGUCAGGUGAAGCAGAAGCAAUGUUAGCCAAGGCUCAAGCUAGAGCUACAUCUAUAGAGAUUAUUUCUCAAGCUUUAGGAAAAGAGGUAUUUUAAUUAUCUGUUUCAUUUAAAAUCUUGUAAAAAUUAUUUUGAAAUACCCAAAUGAAAAUAUUUUCAGCAGAGUAUUCACUGAAUUUUAAAACCCUUGUAAUACAUUUAAAUGUUGUGUAUUGUGAAUUCAGUCUACAAUGAUAAUUGUUUAAAAUUAUAUUUUGUAUUUGUUUUAGAAUGGGUUGAAUGCUGUAUCCAUGAAUAUAGCAGAGCAGUAUGUAAAAGCUUUCAGUAAUCUAGCGAAAGAGACCAAUACUGUAAUAUUGCCAGCAAACAGUGGUGAUGUUCCGGCAAUGGUCACCCAGGUUAGUAUGUUCUAAUUUGAUAGUUUAUCGCAUCACAAGGCAUUUUGAUAUAUUCGAUCUUUUUUUAAAACAUCCUUUAAUGAACUUAACUUUGUACAUUUAAUUUGUCUUUGAUAACCAAAAAAAAAAAAAAAAAUUAUUUUCUAAAAUGUACGUUAAUUAUUUCAAGGUGCACUUCUCCUUACCUCAGUAACUUUCACUUUUAAAAACUUUGUUUUCACUUUUAGGCACUGACAAUGUACAAGACAUUGGCUAAAGAUACGAAAAAACAGCUGGAAAUAACAGAGUACAAUGAUAAACAAUCUUAAAAAUCUAUGUUUUGUAAAAUACCUAAAAUAUGCUACAAAGGUCAUUAACUGUGACACCGUUGGACUUUUUGAUACAUUGUAUUUUGUUUAUGUAGACAGUUGAGGGAUGAUGAAUAUUUUUUGAGAAAGUAUGUAUUUAGUAAAUGAAUUUCUGUUAAUUUUUGUGUGCCUUUAGAUCUUAACUGGAUACAUAUAAAUUAUAAAAUUAUAAAUAGCUAGUACAUGAUUCAAAUUGUUAGGAUCUGUAAUUUUGAAUUCAUUGUAAAUGCAAAAACCUGAUAAAAAGCCAUAAAUAAAGUUAGAACAAAAUUUUGUAUACUCAUAGACUUUUCUGCAUUUAUUAAUUUGUUUAAAGAUUAUCAGUUCUUAAAGAAACCGUUUCCACGGGUAGUUACCAUUAUUUAUGUGGUACUAACUUAAUGAUUAAUUGCUAAUCCAAUCAAUUAGCUAAUCAUUGCAAGGCUAACGAUCAAGUAAUAACAAUUGACAAAAUUAUGAUUUAAAAAUGUACUUUUUAAAGUUCUUACUUUCUUUUUUAAAAUAUAGACUUGUGUCAGUUAUUUGCUACAACCAAAUUGCAAAUUAAUGCAGAAUUUGAAUAAACACAUGUUUCAAAUUAUUUCAAUAGUUAAUAUUUCUUUGAAACAUUUGAAAUAGCUCUCCCUCAUUACUAUCUGAAUCCCAUAUCCCAAAAAUUGAUGUAAAUUAAGGGGUUUAAGAGUAAUUUUUAAAUAACCCAAUAAGUUAAAAAAAAUAUGCUUUAACGCCUCACCUACUGCUAGCCUGCCCAAUAAACACAAACAGGAAAGUGAUAACAAAGAUCAAGCAUUAGUUAGUUUACAUUAAUUUUAUUUUAGGAACCUUGAAAUAACAACCAUAUUUUUACAAAAAAAUUGAAAUAAAAUAUAAUAUUUUGCUAAUAAUGUAUAAAUUAUAACAUUAUUUGCCUUGCAAAAUGCAUAUAUUUUGAGGUUUAAAUGCUAUAUGAAAACUGGAAUGCUAAAAAAAUUAUUGAAAUGAUUCUUGGUAAAGAAAGUAAAUGCUUCUGCUAGAAUUUGAACAUGGGUGAAACAUGAUAUUUCAACCAAAAUCCCACUGCACUGUUAAUAACUUAAGCAUAAAUCAAUCUAUGCAUGACAUGGUUUUAAAAAGGAAACCUCUACUACUAAAUGCAGAAUUGGGAAUAGGACACUUACCAAACCAUAUUCUUAUAGUUGAUAGUGAUAGUUCUCCAAAAUUUAAAAAGGAUAAAAAUUGUUUUUCUCAAUUUUGAUACCUUCAAUGGAUCCUCUACAGAACAGAAGUGUUCCAGUUAAACAUAACCUAUCUCAAAUUUGAUUCUUUAUCGAUAGUUAUAGUUUGCUAUGUUAAAAUUUAAAGGCAUUUUAAAAAUAAAAAAAAACUUUAAAAUCCAAGUGUAGAAAAAAAGGCGUUAACUCUGUUUCUUCAUGAAUAAAUAGGCAGUUCUCCAUUUGUGAGCAAUAACUAUUACUAUAAGAAACAUCACAGUUUGAAGAUUUCAUUAAUAUAUUUUUAAAAAUAUAUUCCUAUUUUUUAAUGAAAUUUACUAUUCUACCUUAUUUUUGCAUCGUUUUCAAUGUUACAGGUUUUUACUUUCAUAAUCCAUAUUUAAUGCAAUGUCUUCAUUUGUAAAAAUGGGACCGCAUCAUAGACGCAAAUAGUGCAUACAAAGCUGUGUUGACAAAAAACGAAUAAAAACAUAAAAGUGCAUCAAGAUCAAGUAUUAAUGGACUUUGACCAUGGAGAACUGCCAGUAUGAUUAUAUUGGUACAAUUAUAAAGUAUCACUCACAGGAUUUUUAUAAUUAUAUUUCCUGCCUUCUUCUUUAACACAACUAGAGAAGUUAUUGGCAACAUUCCAAUAAUUUUACUUAUUUAAUUAAUCAUAGGUAGAUUUUUAUAAGAGUAUUUCAAAAUAAUGAAAUUGAAGAAUGUUCCAGCACAAUUUGUAAAGUCACUUUUCUUACUAAUUUCUAUCAAUUCAUUUUGUUCUGUUUAUUUUUAUUUAUGGUAUGGGCAAAUACAUACAUUUUGAAUAUAGCAAGUGCUUCACAUUCCUGUUUAUGUCUUUGCAGACAUUGGAUUGAAUAAUUAUUUACCAUCACAUCUUGGAUUUUGUUAACCAGAAAAAUUCCUGAAAGAAAAUAAGAUUGAAAAAUAAUUUUCUUUCAAAAGUUCUUAAAAGGGUAUGUGUUGAAGUCAUGUAAUUUAUUAAAAGGUAGGCCUAUAUGAUGUUUUACAGUAAGGCAAAGCAAUACAAUGAUAGAUAAGGGUUCAGAGUCACUGUAUGGAAAAGUGCACAGUGAAUUUAGCAAAAUAUAAGUGAAAUAUUAUAACUUAAAGUUUUGUAAAGGUAUGUUCACACUGCAGAUUUGUUACUGGGAUUCUUAGCUUUCUGUGACCCCCGUGCUACUUGCCUUAACAAAAACGGGGCCAACAAGUUUCAUUUUCAUGAGUUUGUUGAGAGUUUCAGUACAUUGUCGGCUGGCAAUAUACAACACAAUCCCAUCAUAUAUUUAUCAUUGUGCAUGCAUUUUUAGCUGACAGGGCUUGUUUACAAAUUUAAAUAUUAGUUUUAUUCCAUAUUAGUUCUAACAAUGGGCAUAUUUUUAGUUCGAAAAUUAAAAUUUCUAAAAUAAAUUUCAAGUUUGAAUUUACUGGUGUGGACAAGAAAAGAUUAGAGGAACUAUGUCUUGUUUCUAAAAAUGGAAUUAAAUAAAGAUUUUUUAAAACAUAUAUGUAUUAAUUUCCCCUGCUUGGCUAGUUAAUAGUAAACUCAUAUUUAACAAAAAAGGCUGAAUCUAUAGAUUUAAAUAGCCACAAGCAGAUGCAGGUUGCUGCUCAUUGUGCUAGCACAAAAAUUUAAAAUUGAUAAAUUUAAACAAAAUUUUUGCAUCAGAUGCAAUAGUUUCUCCUGCCCAGUGUGAACACCUACGUAGGAUAUCUUUUUCAGUGGAUUCUCAACUUGGAUUUACUAUCAAGAUUUGUGACUUCAACAAGUCGGCUGUGUAUACAUAGCUUUACAGUUAAUGUGCAUCUAAAUAUCACUUUUUCAGAUACAUAUGUAUAAAAGUGUGGUCGAAAUUCAGAUACUAUAUUUUAAAGUUGAAAAUAUUAUCUGUAUCAUUCAGUAAGUGUAGUAAGAUAGGUUGUUUUAUUAAUAUGCCAUCUGUUGGUUAAUUGCUCUAAUACCCUUAAACUUAAUGCCCCCAACAUAAACCUUGCAGCAAGCCAAUUUAACUCUCUCUGAUGCCUCCUUAAAGAUGGAAAUCCAGCUACUG